AGUGAUGUGCUGAAAUGUAUGUACGAACAUAUAUACACUUUGCGUAUUGAUAAAAUUUUGUAAAAUCUACUUGCUUAUAAGUUUUGGGGCCCCGAUGAGUAAGUAGCGGUGUAAAACGAUUAUCUCAGAGUGUUAAGCGAAGAGUCGGCCCACAGCAUAUUGACGAAAAUCGCGCAUGUUGUGAAAUUGAUUUGCGAUUUGACAUUGAAAACACAAAUGCAAUGGUGUGGUGGGCGUAAGGCAAAGGGCAAGGAUAAGCAGCAGCAGCAGCAGUAGCAGCAGAGGAAAACGGAAACGGUCGAUCGAAAGGACACCAAACAGACAGCAUGCCUUGUGAAAGCUGUGGCGUUGAAUUCACGGUAUUUCGCCGUAAGCGUAGCUGCUUUGACUGCAGGCGAUAUUAUUGCAACAACUGUUUGACAGUGACGACGGCGCGUCGCUGCCAACGCUGUGCAAUAUUUGCACAACGGCCGCUCCAACGCACGGAUUUAUUGAAACUGAAGCCAAAAGAUUUAAUAUUCUAUUUGCAAUCCAAACACAUUUCCACAGAGGGCUGCCUGGAAAAGGAGGAGCUGGUCGGUCUGGUGCUGACGCAUGUUGCACAGUCGGAUCGCGAUGCGAUGGGUCGACCGCCGAAUAAUAGUCCUGGACGUGGCCAAGCCAAUCCAAUGGAUAGUCUGAAGCAAACGUGCCAAAAUUUUUUCACCAAUUUGAGUGAUAAUAUCAGUGAUUCCCUGGCGUCCUUCGACAACAAGUCCAGCUCCGAAAAUAGUCGUGAGACCAGCCGCCAUGCAUCCCAUGACAAUGGCGGCCCAACGCCGCCCUCUCACAUAUUUGAGCAGCCGCGCGUAUCCACGCGGGAGAUACCCACAUACGCCAGUGCUGUCAAUGGAACGACGGCGACACCAACACGAACACCGACUGUGGCCAGAGGCAACUCCACGGAGGCGGCGCACGUGCAUGUCAGUCCAUCGACUUCAUCGACGCGUACAACAACAUCGCCCACAGCGACACAGGAUCGCAGAUCCGCUGUGGAAGCUGUUCGGUUAUCGUCUAAUGAUGAUGAUCCUGACAAUUCCGAAUGCGAGUGCUCGGAUGAGGAGAUAAUCAACACAUUUAGUGAACGCACAUCGCUCAAAAACACGGAGAACAGUGCUGGACAGUCCAGCCUCAUCAGGCCAACCCUGGAUGCAAGCUCAGCGGGUCUGGGCUCGGCGACGACAACAACAACAACUGCAGCAACUGCAAAUAGCACCAGUCCAGGCUACUCGAAGCAGGGUUCGCUUAGCUCCAAAGUGGACGCUUGCGGUGCAGACGCCUCCUCGCAGUCCAGUUUCGAAGAGCUGGGCGCUAUUGGCGGCAUCUCUGAUGAGAGCAAAGGGGCAACCGAUACCAACAGCAGCAACUUGGAUCAGUGGCAAUUGCUGGAACAAACAGCACCAAGUGGUAGUCAAAAACAGUUGCAGGCAACGCCAACGCAGUCGGGAAAUACCGAAGAGGAGAUCUUAGAAGUGACGCUGCAAAAUGAGCCCGGUGAGAUGCCAAACAUUGAGCAGCGCACAGUCACCGUGCCGCCGCGAACCAAGAAGGUAACGCGACGACGCUCCGACGGUUACCUGAAUCGUCGUCACCAUUCCAGCGAUGAUGAAUCACCUGUGGCUGCCAGCGGCUUGGCCCUGAGCACUCUACGUGAACAACCCGAGCCGGAAACUAUGCGCGCCAGCUGUCACCGCUGUGGCAAAAACAAAACAAAUAUACGGCGACAUGUGGAGAAGAUGCGACGCCACUUGGAGAACUCGCAAAUGUCCGAGGAGGACAUCAAGCGAGAACUGCAAGAGUUUCUCACCUACCUGGAGCAGCGCACCAAAUCCUUGGAUUGCUCCGAGGCAGACAGCCAUGCCGUCUCGCCGCUGAGCGGUGCCGAGACAGGCAGUUUGGCAGCCGGGGGUGCUGCUGGUCUGCCCAUAACACCGACCAUUGAGUUCUCGCCCACGCAGGAUGACAAUGAGACACGUUGGGACGAUGACGAGGGCAUCCAUGUGUAUGCCUCGCCAUUGGGCUUUGAGCCGCCCAACUGCUUGGAUUCACGCUUCUUAAACCUGGAAGACAUUGAGGACCUAAAAGACUUGGAGAACUUAACGGUGAAACAGUUAAAAGAAGUUUUAAUGUUGCACCGUGUUGACUACAAAGGCUGCUGUGAGAAACAGGAGCUGCUCGAUCGCGUGAGCAGAUUAUGGAAAACAAUGCGCACAGCGCCUGCUGUUGAGAAACUUGCCACGGAUGAGCUGUGUAAAAUAUGCAUGGAUGCGCCAAUUGAGUGCGUAUUUCUGGAAUGCGGCCACAUGGCCACGUGCACCAAUUGUGGAAAGGUGCUAAACGAGUGCCCGAUUUGUCGACAAUAUAUUGUACGAGUUGUAAGAUUCUUUAGGGCGUAAUUAUAAAUGGCAGCCCAUAGCUUUGCUUAUAUGUUUUAAGUAUAUACACUAUAACGUUUAAUGGAUCCUGGUAGGAUUGGCCACGAGCAAUAACUGCAGGUCAAGUGAUUGCUGCUCUGUACACGUACAUAAUGACAGUAUGUACAACUACAUGCACAGAAUGUACAAAUAUUUAAACCUUCGUUAAUGGGGCAACAUUAUGUAUAUUGAAUGCUCAAUAAUUGCAGGUAAAUCAUUAUUGUUUCCUUAUAGCUCUAUGAAGGCCAUUACAAUUGUUUUAAGUAUUCUCCAAGUAUGUUGUAAAUGGGAAAAAUACAACUUCUAAAGUGUGUAUUAAAUGCGGCUUAUUUAAUUUGUGAGUUAGUUUGGUAUUACUAUUUUUUACCAUUUCCUUGUUGCUUAUGUGUGUAUGUGGACCGAGUAGUAAUCUUAGCUAAGAUAACAUUCCUAAAAAUUGUAAAUUAUGGAAUCUAAUAUAUAACACUGUUGUAAAAACUCGUAUAGAUACGCAUUUACAUCAAUAAAGUCAAACAUUUUAAUUUGA